AACGUUAAAGCGAUUCUAACGAUCAGUGUUGAUUAUCAUUGAACAAAGCGCAGUACAAGAGAGUUGAAUAUUGUGAAGAGUAGCCAUGAAGGAAGAAGAUGUUAAAAUUCUCAGAGAAUGGAUUACGAAACAACCUCAUCUUCCACAAAAUAUUCACGAUACGAUGCUGUUGAGAUUUUUACAUACAUGUAACUACAGUAUUGAGCAGACUAAGACAUUAAUUGAACUAUUUUAUACAAUUCGUUCACAAGCACCAGAACUUUUUUCCAAUAGAGAUCCUACACAAUCUGCACUUCAAGACUGUUUCAAAGCAAUAGAUAUGGUGCCUUUACCCAAACUGACUGGAAAAAACUACAAGUUACUCUUGUACCGAUUUGUAGACACAGAUCCUGAAAAAUUCAUGUAUGCAGACUCUGUCAAGUCGUUUUACAUGGUCUCAGAUGUUCGAAUGUUAGUUGAAAAGGAGUUUCCCGAAGGUGAAGUGCCCAUUUUUGACAUGGCUGGAAUGAGCUGGAAACACAUGACCAAAAUGCCCCUGCCUAUAGUCAAGAAAUAUAUGGUUUAUUCACAAGAAGCCCAUCCGAUCAAACUUAAAGAAAUUCACCUUGUAAAUGCUCCGAAUUUUCUGGACAGAGCUAUGGCUAUGAUGAGGCCCUUCAUCAAAAGCGAGAUACUGUCCAUGAUACACACUCACCCUCCAAAUUCUACAACACUCUUCGAUUAUGUUCCAAAAGAGUUGUUACCAGAAGAAUAUGGUGGAUCUAUAGGAAAAAUGAAAGAUUUGAAGGAAAUGUGGUUGAAAAGGGUUAUGGAACACAAAGAAUACCUCACAGAUGAAUCCAGAUGGUCUGUAAAUGAGUCAAAACGCUCUGCUCACAAUGAAAGCAAAAAACCGUCAUUUGGAAUGGAAGGUUCUUUUAGAACGUUGAGUAUAGAUUGAAGCUAUGUUUUCUUUUCCAAAAUUUAAUAAAUCAGAAUGGAAAUGUCCAAAAACACCAAGGUCGGCACCCUCAAUUCAGAAAGUAAAGUCGGAUCACACUGAUGACACUUAUGCACGUUUAGGUAAUCAAAUAAUCAAAUUGAUCUGAUACUUUUACAAUUAGAAAUUAAUAAAAUAUAUUAUUUAUAUCUGUAAUCCUGGUAUCCUGAGAAAAUAAAGUAUGCUUUGUGA